GCGGGCUCUGACACAACUCUAGACAAAAUGGCGGAUGUUGUUGAUUUGCGGCAGGGUCAGUGAUAAUCGGAGUUCGCCUUUUCACUGAUUUACUGCAAGACAUUACAGAAAUAACAUAAGAAAAGCCAUAAUCGUUGUAUGGUGAGCUGCAAUGAAAGGCAAAGAAAGAUCACCGAUUAAAAAGCGUUCUCGGGCUUUGGAUGAUAUCCGAGACAGGGGAGGAGGCCACCCGCCCAGCAAGAAAAUGAGGGCUAUAUCGGUUUCCAGUGGGAGUAAUAAUGGAAAUAGCUCGACUAAAAGUGACGGAGGAUCUACGAGAAGGAGUUUGUUGGGUGACAAGAGAGGCCGGGAUUUUGAUGGACAUGUAUCGAGUCGAACCGGCGGGAGUAACCAUAGCUAUCCCGUUGCUGCUACUACCUCUAUCGGUAAGAAUCACAACCUGGGUUUGACACUCGAUUUAGCCGCGGCAAGGACUAAUGCUCGCGGCGAGCGUGUUCCGCCUCCACCUAACAACAACGAGAGUGAGUACAAAACUCUCAAAAUCAGUGAACUGGGCACACAGUUGAGCGAUGAAGACAUAGAAGACGGACUUUUCCACGAAUUCAAAAAAUUCGGGGACGUGAGUGUCAAAAUAAGCCGCAGCAACGACGAGAGAAUUGCGUUUGUCAACUUCAGAAAGCCCGAGGAUGCCAGAGCAGCUAAACACGCACGGGGCAGGUUAGUACUUUAUGACCGACCUCUGAAAAUCGAUGCAGUGUACAUUAACAGGAGGAGAAGCCGUUCUCCAGUUGAGCGAGUUGACAGAGACCCAUAUGUUGGAGCCCCAGGCCACAGACACUUGCACACCCAGAGACCCCUCUCCCCAUCUGUGCUUGGAUACAGAGACUACAGACUACAGCAGCUGGCCCUUGGGCGCCUCCCUCCUCCCCCACCUCCUCCUUUGCCCAGAGACCUAGAGCGGGAGAGGGAGUUUGCCCUGUUUGAAGCCAGGGUGCGCCCAGGUCCAGCUUUCAUUGCAGAGAGAGCUUCUGCUUUCCGCGAGGAGGAUUUUAUCUCCCCAGAGGAUGACCAAAGAGCAAACAGGACGUUGUUUCUGGGCAACUUGGACAUCACUGUCACAGAGACAGACCUGAGGCGGGCCUUCGACAGGUUUGGGUUGAUAACAGAGGUGGAUAUAAAGCCCACACGGGGACAGACCAGCACAUACGGGUUCCUCAAGUUUGAGAAUCUCGACAUGGCCCACCGCGCCAAACUCACCAUGUCUGGGAAGAUAGUGGGCCGUAACCCCAUAAAGAUUGGCUAUGGUAAGGCCACCCCCACCACACGCCUAUGGGUGGGUGGGCUCGGACCCUGGGUCCCCCUAGCAGCAUUGGCCAGAGAGUUUGACCGCUUUGGUACAAUAAGGACCAUUGACUACAGAAAGGGGGACACUUGGGCUUAUAUACAGUACGAGAGCCUUGACGCUGCUCAGGCUGCGUGCACUCACAUGCGUGGCUUCCCUCUGGGUGGGCCCGAGAGGAGACUCAGGGUGGACUUUGCAGACACAGAGCACCACUACCAGCAGCAGUUCCUUCAGCCUCUUCCUCUACCCCCCUUCGACAUGGUGGCAGAGGCUUUCAUCCACCGCGCCAUAGCUGAGCCCCUGAGGGACAGGGAAAGGACUCCACCGCUGCUCCACUUCAGAGAGAGAGAGAUGGGCUUCCCCGGGGCCGAGUGGCCCCCCAUCCCGGCUAUGCGUGAGCGGGUACGUCCCGGGACCUUUGAGCCGCUGGAGCGGGACCGGCGGCCGGGAGGGAGGGAGCCCUGGUCUCUGGAGCGAGAGCUGGUGGGGCGCGGCUGCGACCCAAGACGGAAACGACACCUUAUGGAUGACGGUCGCCAUCUUGACGUCUCUCCUGACAGCACUGACCGCACGGCACGCCGACACCGAGGGGGCCCAUCCCCAGAUGGUAGCCCCAACGGGGGCCGCUUCAGUGACUCAGAGCGUACCCCUCGUGGCGACGACAGACCCUCCCCUGGACGAGACCGUCGCCUCAGUCUGGAGCAUCCUGGUGGGGGGGACAGGAGACUAAAGAGCCAGGGGAGUCUUGCCGAAAGAGGGGCCUCCAGCAGUGGCCUCUCAUCCUCAGCAGGGGAGCGGAAACGUAAAGCCGGCGACAGCAGCAGCAGCAAAGGACCUGGAGCUAAGAGGGAUCGCUCCUCAGACCAGGGCGGCUCUAAAGGUAGUCAGUCAUCCAAGCUGAGCCUGGCCUGGCACGGCAUGCUCCUCCUGAAGAACAGCAACUUCCCUGCCAACAUGCACCUCCUGGAGGGUCACCAGGGCGUGGCCAAGGACCUCCUCGUUGACGGCCCCACGGGGAGACAGGUGGGGGAGCUCAAGAUCACUCAGCGUCUCCGUCUCGACCAGCCCAAGCUGGACGAGGUCUCCAGACGCAUCAAAGCGGCCGGCCCCAGCGGCUACGCCGUCCUCCUGGCGGUUCCCGGUUCUGGCGGUGAGGAGGUGUCGUCAACGGACCCGGCGGCUUCAACACAGCGUCCUCUCCGAAAUCUGGUGUCCUACCUGAAACAGAAGCAGGCAGCCGGAGUCAUCAGCCUGCCGGUUGGAGGCAGCCGGGAUAAGGACCACCAGGGUGUUCUCCACGCGUUCCCUCCCUGUGAGUUCUCACAGCAGUUCAUUGAUGCCUCGGCUAAAGCUCUGGCCAAAACCGACGAGGACUAUCUGGUGAUGGUCGUGGUGCGAGGUCCAUCAUAACUACAAUCAGAUAGAGGAAGCGAAACAUCAAUGAUAUUGUAAAAAAGAAGAAAAACUACUAUUGCAUGCUGUGUGUUGAGUUCUGCCUCAUGGGGUGCUACUAGAGAGUAGGGUUAUGGGGGGUUAUGGCUAUGUCACUAUUUUUCCCACCAAAAUAAGUAUAAAAUGUCCCCCUGAAAGUCAACAAAUGUGUAAUUUUGGAACCCUGUUUUAUAAAGGGUGUGAUCAUUUCUAGCCAACAUAUGCAGAAACAAUUCAGCUGGAGUAUUAUAAAAGGGGGACAUUCUAUGAAUGAAGUGAAAAAUCUACUGUAAUUUAAAAUUAGGUAUAAUGGCCCCUUUUUCGUUUUCAUUUAGGAAAACUUGAACCGACCGCUGUUUGUAAAAGUUGAAAGUUCUCUCUUAAGAUUUUCUCUGCUGUUAGUGUUCGGUUGUAUUAUGUAUACGUUAUACUACUUAAUGCUUAUUACAAUCAGUUGGUGUCAUUUAAAGUUAAUUAUAUAUUUUUAGCAAAAUAUUCACCUCAAAACCCUUUGUUCACUAACCAUUUCUUUAUUCUAAAUGUCACAUUUUGAGAAAGAUACCAUCAGGCCCUGUUUUGACUGGUAUGAUGAGGGUAUAAAUCAUUCCGUUUGUGUUUCUCAUAAAAAAAUGAUUGGGGACAUUGUUGGGAUAUGUCUUUACUGUCUUCCAUAUUGAUCAAAUGGACUUACUGUCUUUCUCUAAUACAUGAACAUGUUCUAAACCUAGAAAACUGAAUGUACCUAUGCACGGUAGGCUAUCUGGUGUUCGGUUACACCUGGUGUUUUACCAUGUAUAACUGGUUUGGUUACACCUGGUGUUUUACCAUGCGUAACUGGUUUGGUUACACCUGGUGUUUUACCAUGCGUAACUGGUUUGGUUACACCUGGUGUUUUACCAUGUAUAACUGGUUUGGUUACACCUGGUGUUUUACCAUGCGUAACUGGUUAGGUUACACCUGGUGUUUUACCAUGCGUAACCGGUUAGGUUACACCUGGUGUUUUACCAUGCGUAACUGGUUAGGUUACACCUGGUGUUUUACCAUGCGUAACCGGUUAGGUUACACCUGGUGUUUUACCAUGCGUAACUGGUUAGGUUACACCUGGUGUUUUACCAUGCGUAACUGGUUUGGUUACACCUGGUGUUUUACCAUGCGUAACUGGUUAGGUUACACCUGGUGUUUUACCAUGUGUAACUGCUUAGGUUACACCUGGUGUUUUACCAUGCGUAACUGGUUUGGUUACACCUGGUGUUUUACCAUGCGUAACUGGUUCGGUUACACCUGGUGUUUUACCAUGUGUAAUUGGUUUGGUUACACCUGGUGUUUUACCAUGUGUAAUUGGUUCCGUUACACCUGGUGUUUUACCAUGCGUAAUUGGUUCCGUUACACCUGGUGUUUUACUCUGUGUAAUUGGUUCGGUUACACCUGGUGUUUUACCAUGUGUAAUUGGUUUGGUUACACCUGGUGUUUUACCAUGUGUAAUUGGUUCGGUUACACCUGGUGUUUUACCAUGUGUAAUUGGUUUGGUUACACCUGGUGUUUUACCAUGCGUAAUUGGUUCCGUUACACCUGGUGUUUUACCAUGCGUAACUGGUUUGGUUACACCUGGUGUUUUACCAAGGCGUAACUGGCUAGGUUACACCUGGUGUUUUACCAUGCGUAACUGGUUAGGUUACACCUGGUGUUUUACCAUGCGUAACUGGUUUGGUUACACCUGGUGUUUUACCAUGCGUAACUGGUUUGGUUACACCUGGUGUUUUACCAUGCGUAACUGGUUUGGUUACACCUGGUGUUUUACCAUGCGUAACUGGUUAGGUUACACCUGGUGUUUUACCAUGCGUAACUGGUUUGGUUACACCUGGUGUUUUACCAUGCGUAACUGGUUUGGUUACACCUGGUGUUUUACCAUGUGUAAUUGGUUUGGUUACACCUGGUGUUUUACCAUGUGUAAUUGGUUUGGUUACACCUGGUGUUUUACCAUGUGUAAUUGGUUUGGUUACACCUGGUGUUUUACCAUGUGUAAUUGGUUCCGUUACACCUGGUGUUUUACCAUGUGUAAUUGGUUCCGUUACACCUGGUGUUUUACCAUGUGUAAUUGGUUCCGUUACACCUGGUGUUUUACCAUGCGUAAUUGGUUCCGUUACACCUGGUGUUUUACCAUGCGUAAUUGGUUCGGUUACACCUGGUGUUUUACCAUGUGUAAUUGGUUUGGUUACACCUGGUGUUUUACCAUGCGUAACUGGUUUGGUUACACCUGGUGUUUUACCAUGCGUAAUUGGUUCGGUUACACCUGGUGUUUUACCAUGUGUAAUUGGUUCGGUUACACCUGGUGUUUUACUCUGUGUAAUUGGUUCCGUUACACCUGAAAAUCCUGUGUGUUCAAGAAAUGGUUAAUGGAACACUACAAAGUGGGUUGUGACAAAAUGUGUAAAGGAGGUUUAAACAGCUAUAGAUGGCUUUUAGUUGCUGAGUGUAAAUUCCUAACUUGGCUGUGGUGUAGCUUAAAUACAGUGUGUUCAAUCGGUUUUCAAAUGUGUUUUCAUGUUUAAGCGACUCUCCAGUAAUAUUUGGGCAUAUUGAGAGGCUGAAUGAGGAAUUUAGAAGUGAUUUUUGCCCAGCUAAUAUAGAUGGGUCCAUCAAUGCAAUGACGCGACAAACAAAUAGCCUACUAAGAGAGAUGCUAAGGGUAGAUUUUAUUGUGUACAUUGUCUUUAGCACCACUUGACCCUUGGUAGUACGUUGUGAUCUAUAACCUUUGACCUAUAAUGUGUGAUAAGAUUACACUAGAGAUAAAAACAGACUUUUAUUUGUUGGUCCGGUUUCAUUCAAUCAAUAUGCCAAUGUUUGUCGCCAAGUUUGUCUGAAUAUGACAAUAUUUUAAUGGUAAUUGCUAACAAAUGAUAUACAGUAAUCCUAAUAAUCAAUAAGUAAAAAGGUAUUCAAUAUAUAAACUGAUCAUUUAGUUUUUUUUGGGGGGGGGGAUUGUAAGUUUUAUAAGUUGUAGUGCUAUUAUUUUGUAGUAUUUUUUUUAACCACAGUUUUCCCCCUUUGUCAGCCAACAGUUAGAUUUUUAAGACCUAUAUUUAUAGCCUACUUUUGGUACCAUUAUAUGACUGUCUCUUUAAAAAAAAAAAAACGAAACUGAGUUGUAGUUUUAAGAUGAGGUUGGUUUAGUUUUAUCUGUUGACGAAACCUUUACAGGAAACUCUGAAGAGAAGGAAACUACUUAGUAUUUGUUACGUUUUCACUGAGAAGGCAGCUUUUAAGUUGUGUGUCAUUUUGUGUUCUGUUUUAAGUGGAGUAAUAGGACCCUCUCGCUUUGUGCUUGUGUACCUGAUUUCAUUGGGAAGACAAGAAAUGGAAAAUCCUCUUCCCACACUCGUCUUACUGCCAAGUUGUUUAACACUCAGAGAGAAAGUGCAUUUACGCACUUAUUUGUCCUCCAAAUAUCAAUAAAUUGUUUCAUUUGAGGGAAA